AUGGUGCUCCUCACAUCCUCGACCGUCUCUGCAAUCGUGUCGAUGGGGGUAGUCGGCAUCUUUACUUUGUUACUGUUUGUUUCGGGCUACGUGUUACAACAAAAUUCGGUAAAGAAUAUUCAGCAUGCACUGCGCAAGUCUUCUGAUGGUCCACCGAUUGUAGGGCGCGGAUCAUCCGGAUCGACAUUCCAGAAGCCCGCGCACAAACGUGGUCUAUCAGACUCGGAUCUGGGGUUAACGGGCGAUCAAGAAGUGCUUCAAGGAAGCCGGGGUGUUGCCUCGGGCUCAAAGGGGAAUUAUGCAUACUUACAGCUAUUGUCAAAGCCUGACCCUUCUGAUAUCUGUUCCGCUGUGCUCUUUUUCAAACAACUCGCCACGAAUGGCUCUGUCAUCCCAGAUCGCCUGUUCAUGUAUCCCGAAGAGUGGGAUCGCAUGUCUGCAAAAAGCCUUGGAAAGGCUGGCUCGCUAGCCUUGUCCAUCUUACGCGCUGCCAGCAUCAAAUAUGGUAUCUGGCUGCUACCGAUUGAUAUCAGCGUCGCCCUCAACGCUGGAUACACAAUGUCUGACACGAAACUGCUGCGUCUGGGACAAAUCCAGUUCAUGCAAUACGAUAGCGUAUUAUACCUUCAGUCUCCAGGCUUGAUCAUGGACACGGAAAAAUUGGAUCAGGUAAUCUUAUCACAGCCACUUCCACUUUUACACGAUUGGAGUCGCCCAGAGUCCUACGCCAAUGAGGCAUGGACUCCCAUGUCUCUCCGUCCAGAUCGUGACGAGACCUUGCCACCUGUCUACUUGAUCACUGUCAAUAAUGUCGAUGGCGGACGAGUCCAGACCCGGACCCACGUGCCCAAUGCUGAUCUACCUGGAUUUGGCAACCUUGUGAUUGGGCCGGCCGACUUUGAUGGAACUGGCGAGUUGCCAGGAUAUGUAUAUUUCGAAAACGAUCGCGAUGGUCAGGUUAAAUGGGCUGGAAACCCGCUAUUUGGAGCCUGGCGGGCGCAGCAACAUGAAGUCUGUGAAGGGCUAGAAUUUGACGACGAUUUCUUUUAUGAGUAA